AUGUCCGGUCAAGCCAGAAGCAGGAGAAGGCCGCCACCAUCGGACGAUGAGCAGGGCCGUGAGCGCAAUGAUGGUGGAGAAUGUCAAAGUGCAUCUCACGGGUCGCACAGUCCUGCUAGAAAGAAGAGAAAGCGAUCAAAAUCUGAUGACGAGCAGACGGAUGACUUGCUCGACAAUUUGAGAAGUGAACUGCAGAAAAGUGAGGAAGAAAGACGAAAUUCAUCAACAAGAAUGGAGAAAGCGCAUAAAACAAUUGAACAACUACAACAGGAAUUGAAUGCAACAAAGUCUGAAAAAGAAGACGCUUUGAGAAGAUUAAGUGCCCUGAUGUCAACAAAACUACGUGAUAACAAUCCUAACAUCGCCGAUCUAAGUGACCAGUUCAGGCCUACAAAACUGGCGGAGAUGUUCAGUGAAUUGUACGACAACGAGUGGACAGACGUUUUCGAUGUUUUUAACAACGAUUUUUCUGAGAGACAAUCAAUAACGAUACUUCUGGAUAUAGUGAUGGAUGUCUAUGAAUUCUGUAAAGACGAGAUGGAAAGAACAUGGAAAGAGGUGUCAACGUGGUUCCUGAAUGAGUCUUUACCAAACUCACAACAACUUGCCAAAAGUCUGAAAGAUUCGCGAAAGACGCUCGUUCAGGGAAUGACAAAGGACAUGACCCAGAAAUUUAUUGAGAGACUUAACUCGUGGGGUGGCAAACCAAAGUUGCAUGAGUUGCUUUCCUCUGAGAAGGCGAUUGAGUACAUCAAACAGUGCGUUAAAUUAUGUCUACUCAUGUGUGCCAACGACCCGCCCGUCGUCAUCGUACGCCCAGCAGAAAUUAACAGAGAUGGUGAAGAACAAAAUGACAAGAAGACGCAACAGGACGAAGAUAUCUUUGUGAACGAGGAUACCCGAAAACAAGAAACUACAUGUAGUAUGCGAGCACCAUUCAACAAGGAUCAUUUUAAAGAGUACACGAAACGAGGUCCUUACAUGGAGUACGUCGUCUGGCCGGUUAUGUAUCUGCACCAGGGUGGCCCCAUGCUCGGAAAGGGUGUGGCACAGGGGACGUCGGAGGCAGUGGCCAGAGGAGAGGAAGAACAAUGGACAUGGAAGAGUAAACAUGUCUGAGAGAUUACACUACGAUGACAAUUGAAUACUGCACACUCCAAUUUGUGAAUCAGUCCUGGAUACUCCUUUUAUUACUUCUAAAUUGAUUUUCCGUUUAAUAUUUGUUUAUUUAAACAUAGUUUGCCAAUAACUUGCUUUGAAAUUUUGCGAUACAAAAUGUUUAAUAGUUGCAAUAAAAUAUAAGCUGUUCACAAAUGAAA